GACGGAGGCAGUCCUCCUCUCUAUCUGUCUGCCUGUUGAGGUGAAUAUAAAGCUCGGUAAUGGAGACUGCUGUGGACCGGGGCUCUUGCUUUUCUCCUCGUCGGAGAUACACCAACUCACUGGACAAAUAAGGCGUCAAAUGACAAGCACCGGUUUUCAACGCUUGUCUUCUUCUUCUUCUUCUUCUUCUUCUUCUUCUUCUUCUUCUUCUUCUUCUUCCUCUUCUUCUUCUUCUUGUCUAUCAACGCCUCUUCAAAAACAGAUGCCCUGCUCGGGAAGUUACGGACAAAACACGGAUAAAUCUGCCAAGUCGUCUUCUUCAAUUUCCAAAAGGCAUUCUCACCCGAAGGAUUUCUUCUUCUCUGAGCCUGCUCUUCUCUGACCUCAACAAGAGACUCUUCACCCUGUCCUACAAGUACCUAUCGUUCCAUCUGACAGUGAAGGAACCUGUAGUUCUACCUUCUACUGAAACCUCCUCCUACUCAGAUCGAGGCUUCUGAGAAAUGAGCUACAAAUGAAUCACCUUCACGGUCAUCAGUCAUCUCUACUUGGCCUGGGGGUCUUCUAGAAGGUCGGACCUCCUUGCCACCAUGAAAGGGUUGGGGACCAACCGUAACAGACACCUGUCUGACUCCUGUGAACCUUCCUCAGGCCAUACAGAGGCCCUAUACUCGCAGAAGACCAGCACCCUCCCACGCAGCCCUUACCUGCUGAGCCCCACAAUGGACCACUAUGGCACCAUGGACCCCCACCUCUAUCCUUCAGCCAACCCAGGCUCCCUUCCACCAGACUGCAUGCUGCCCCUCAACAACCAGCUGUCCAACAGCAGCACCUUCCCCAGGAUUCACUACAACUCCUAUGACCAGUCUGACUUCUCCCCACCUGGAGACAGCAUUGGGGGGAUAAGUACAGGGACCAUGGGCACGUCCAUGUCUAUGGGCAUGGGAACGGGCAUGGGCAUGGGCAUGGCAGGGCUGAGUGGACGAACACCUAUGAUUACGAGCGGCUCAGCAACUAUAUCACAUCAUAUGACCAAGAACCAGGCACCAUCCAGUCUGCUGGAGUUCGAUAAGCAGCUACCUGGAGGCCGUGAUGGAUUCAGCACCUUGCAGUUUCAUCGAACGUCUGCUGUUGCUGCCGACAAGCAGCGCACAGACAGUCCUGGUCGUAUCCGUUACAUGCUGCACUCAGUACAGAAGCUCUUUGCAAAGUCCCAGUCACUGGAGAGCCACAACAUGAAAGGAAAUGUCAAUGGACGCUCCACUGGCAGUGGUGGAGGCUCGUCUGGCACUGAAGACGGAGGGAAGCAGAAUCGCAGAGCUAAAAGUAAAGAUCGGGGUACAAAAGCAGAGGCAACAGCCAAGCGACGACCACGCUCCAACAUGUCAGGUUAUUGGAGUUCCGACGAUUUGGACAGCAGUGAUUUGAGCAGCUACCAUAACACCAUGGCCAUGAUGACUCUGGGGCGUCCAACUGGCCAUGACAGCCAGGGGGGGCAGACCAGAUACAUCCACAGUGGCUACAACACUAUCAGCUCCUCCAAAAGCAGCAAUGACGUGAAGUAUCAGGCACAUACUGGGCCUGGGGGUGGAGGAGGUGAUAGACUAGGUGGAGCAGGAAGAAUGGUAAUGAAUGAUAAUGACUAUAUGAAAGGAGGGUCCUGGUCCACAAUGACCAUGGGCCAGCCGAGACAGGUGAUCCAGAAGGGCUCAGCUACUCUGGACAGGUCCCUGCUCAAGUCCAAAUCCUGCCAACCUGAACUAACCUGCAACUACCUACAGGUUGGACGAAGGGGUGAUUGGAGUAGCACAUUAGGCCGCAGCGGGGGUGCCAAUGAAAUCCCAUGUCGGCGGAUGCGAAGUGGUAGCUAUGUGAAGGCCAUGGGCGACAUGGAGGACAGCGACGACUCAGAGGGAAGCCCCAAACCCUCGCCAAAAACCACCGCUCGUCGCCAGAGCUACCUCAGGGCUACGCAGCAGUCUCUGAGCGACCAGCUACCCCAACGCAACAGAACCCUGGAUUACACCUUGUUGCAAGGGGAGCUGGAUGCCCUGUGGUCUCCACUCCACAGUGUGUCCUCUCUGCACCAGCUGGGCAGGUCAAUGAGCAGCUGUCUUCCAUCUCUCAGAGAGCUCUCAAAUAAUCGCAGCCUCGACAACCUGGACUGCAUUGGGGGUACAAUCUCGUCUUUGCCACACUGGGAUGAUGAUGACUUCAGCCAGGCCUGCAGCACCUUGGGCAGACGUAGCUGCUUGGGACAGCUACGGGACCUGGAAAUGAGUCAUCAUUAUGAGGACCGCAGCUCCGAGUCCACAUUCAGAGAUUCCCGUUCCCACUCUCAGGACAACCCAGAGCCUCUAGACUUGCCCAUGCCAACAUGCUUCCGUUCCCGCAGCCACAGCUACCUGAGAGCCAUCCAGGCUGGCUGUUCCCAAGAUGAUGACACAGCAUCCAUAGACUCAGGCUGCUCACCGCCUCCAAUUGACACCACUGUUCGCACCUACAGCACCAACACUGACGGCCCUUCUACACAGUGGAAGACAUGGAAAGAACAGUUUGGCUCUUACCUGAUAGCCACUGGCUUGGACAAAGCCCCAAAGGAGAAACAGCUUGCAAUUUUUCUUCAACGUUUGGGGACAGACAGACAACGCAUCCUACCCACACACACAGUUUCUUCAUGCAUAACCACCUGUAAGAAGGCUGCUCCUCCGCCAGUGCCACCCCGUACAACCUCCAAGCCCUACAUCUCUGUGACAGUACAGAGCAGCACAGAGUCUGCCCAAGACAACUACCUAGACCAGCAGGACCGGAGGUCAGAGGUCAACAGCCAGUCAAGCCACGCUCACAGCAACUCCUCCGACAGCCUUGACAGCACCCGUGCCAACAGCCUGGCACGGGGUAUUCCCCGCCCUCCACACAUCAUCCCCACUCCCAUCGCCAUCCCCAGAGAGCCAAUCGCGCCCACCACCACUAAUGCUUCCACUGAGACAAGUGACUCAUUAGUCCAGCAUGAAUCACUGAAAUCAGGAUUAAACAAAGGAAAUCUAGUGGCAGAGGAGCCCCUAGUGGCGCCAGUACCCAGGCGGAAACUCUCCUCCAUUGGCAUACAGGUCGACUGUAUUCAGGAAGUUCCACGAGAGGAGACCCCGCCAUUGGCCAAAUUUCAGUCAAUCGGAGUACAGGUGGAGGACGGGUGGCAGCUCAGUCGCUCCAGUAGCAUGGCCUCAAAACAAGAAACCGACUCAGACACACAAGACAUCCCCGUCACUUCCCAUAUCAAUAACGCCAAACACUUUGAGAAGAAAGUCAUGGUCAAUAGUGCCAGCCAAUCCAUGAGCUCCCCUCCCGGACAAGAAUAUUUAGACAACGGAGACACUACUGGUGUCAACUCUUCACCUCCACCACCCAGGCAGAUCCUCAACCGCUCCACCACACGAAGUAGCUCUUCUUCCUUCUCAGAAAGUCUGGACCCAGCGCUGGACCCCUCAUCCCUACCACCUCCAGACCCUUGGCUAGAGAGUGGCAAUGGGAGUAACAGCAAUUGUCCCCAAAGCGGAGGAGCGGGAACACUGUGCCGGAGAGACGGCCACUGGUUCCUAAAGCUGCUGCAGGCCGAGACGGGACGCAUGGAAGGUUGGUGCCAGCAGAUGGAGCAGGAGACCAAAGACAACCAGCUCUCAGAAGAGGUGCUGGGGAAGGUUCGCAGUGCAGUAGGAUGUGCCCAGCUCCUUAUGUCCCAGAAGUUCCAACAGUUUCGGGGACUGUGUGAACAAAACUUGAAUGUGAAUGCCAACCCACGGGCCACAGCCCAGGACCUGGCAGGUUUCUGGGACCUGCUGCAGCUCUCCAUUGAGGACAUCAGCCUCAAGUUCGAUGAGCUCUACCAUCUCAAGUCCAAUGACUGGCAGCCAAUGCCGUCUGCGGCUGCCCAGUCGCCCCCUGAGCGGAAGGACGGGGAGAAGGAGGCCGCUCCAGCGUCAAAGAAGCCCGGUAAGGGACGACCAUCGCUGGGCCGCGAGAAGAGUGCAGACUCCUCAUCCACCUCUUCUUCGGCCUCAGCAGAGAAGCAGAGACACGAGGCACGCAAGCGUCUACUGGCUGCUAAAAAGGCUGCCUCAUUUCGCCAGAACUCCGCCACAGAGAGCGCGGACAGCAUCGAAAUCUAUGUCCCCGAGGCCCAGACUCGCCUCUGAGAGAGACACUGAGAGGAAAGGAAAUAGGAUCGGCUCAAAUGACAGAUAGGUGUCAAUUGAAUACCUGGGGGGGGAAAGAGAGGAAAACUUUUGCAAUACGAAUGAGCUACUACUGCUGAGUAAAGAUGGAUGGAUGGGGGAGGAGACAUCAAAUUCCCAGAGAUUGGGGUGGGAGUAGAUUUGGGCAUUUUUCACACACUCUUACAGUUAUAGGCUGGUCCUGGUGGCAUCAAACACUUAUUUAACAAAACUGAAGAUGAAAAAUUUACCUUUUGUAGACUCUACAGACUAUGAAGCAGGAGACUCCUCGUUUGAGGCUGCCAUUGAAAACCUCAGCUGAUAAACUUUCUUGUUAUUACUCCUGAUAUCAUAAAAUUGCUAUUUAAAGUAUUGUUAUUAUGACAAUUAUAUCCUAAAGUAUCUAUACGAAGACUGUUUUAAACGUUCCUCUAUCUUGGCUAUAAGAUCUAUUUAGUGGACAGAAGGCAAACAUUAAUGCUUUUCUGUCUCCCAUCGUCGUCCUCUCUUCCCAGAUCAUUGGCCAUCUUGUAGCUUUGCACAACACCGCCUUGUGGCCACAAGCACUGCACUCACACUACAAACUCACACCUACGUAUGUCUUCCUUGUAUUUAUUUGUUUACUCAUCCUUUGUUUGUAUAAAAAUCCAUUUAGAUCUAGUUAUUAUGAAUAUUUUUGGAAUGAUGAAAUUGAAAGUCAGAUUUGAAGGGGUAUUUAUAUAGUUCCUAACAAUUGUGUGUCCUACAAAAUGUUCUUGUGUCAAAGAUUUUAAACGCUGGUGAGAAUCUUUAAAGUUUAGUUUCUUAAUUAUUUUUAAUGAGAAUGGAUCAUAUUAAUGAUGACAGCAUGAGGAUCUCUCUUUUAGUCAGAAUGUCAGUGGCCACAAUAUUACUGAAUAUAAUUUUCUUUGGGAGGAAAAUCUUUAAAUCUCUUGCUUCUCUCUGUCCCAUUAACUUUGUUUUUCAUGUUUGUGCUCUAACUGCAGAUGCGUGGAUAUUUCAGUCAGGAUUUUUGUUCCAUCUGUUUAAUGCUUCUUUAAGUGCUUUUAUUAACUUCACUUAGUAUUCAACUCAUACAUCUCGAAUGAAUCUAGGGCUUUUAUUGAAGUAGCUCAGCAGCAAGCUGGAUAAUAUUGCGUUAUUGUUUGUGGAGACACACAUUAGGACAUGUCUUGCUGUCAUUUUAUACUAUGUUUCUGUAAUUAUUUUUGAUUUAUUUUGCCUCCCAUCACUCAACAAAAUCAAUCUUAGUUCUUUGAAACCAUUGUUUCCCCUCAUUGAAGUACCUGCACUUUUUUAUUCAAAGAAAAGAUAUUUAAUUAAAGCAUUACAUACAUUAGUCAAUGUGUUUUCAUCAUUUAUUAAAUUCUACUUGCUUUUGUUUUUGUUUUUUUAUGGAAGACUGAAUAAGAUGGAUUCACCGUUUCAAAUUCAUCUGACAAAUUUAAAUGUCAGCAGCAGGGAGCUCAACAGUAACAGCGCUUACUGUGAAAAUAGAGUGGAGUGUAGCCACAGCACUGCAUGUAUCACAGGUUUAACAUUUGGAUAUGCACAUGCCCAGAAGCUUAACCAGAACUGCCCGUCACUACAACGUAAUAAUUGUUUAGGAGCUUCACGGCCUGGACCCCUCCCCUUCUCAGCCUGGGAACUGACAUGGUGAAAUGUUUAAUUUCUGACCUCUAGAGGGCAACAGUGGUUACUUUUCAAUCCAACAUACAGUGCAUUGUAUGCUGUAUGCAUGCAAUGAAAGGGGCAUUAACAUUAUAAGAUAAUGUUCAGUCCUGCCCUGUUUUGCAUUAAGAGGAUCCAUUGUGGGGAUUACACAUAUUUGCAGACUCCUCUGUUGUUUGAAGCCAGUUCCCAAAACAAAGAGGCCUCUUGGUUUACGAGUCAUUCACGUAGACACACUUUAGGAUUUCACUCUAGAAGUAUACAUCCAACCACAAAGUCAACCCUGACCUGCUUACAUCAACCACAGUUGCUUACCUUGGUUUCUUCCGAAUGCUAAGCAAAUCUAACUUCCCCUUCCUAAUUAGUUAUGUAAACUAUUACAAGAGCAUUGCUUUGGCUGCUGCAAUGCCUCUUUCACACCCACUGUGACCCAAAAAUGCAGCCUGAGGCUUUGAAUUAGAAAAGCCUGAUGACCACCAUUCUCUCUCUAUCUUGACAAGAGCUUUCUCUUGAUGGCGGGCCUUUUGUUUGCCUGUUGUGUUUGCCGGCUGGGGAUGACUCUCAGCAUAGAAAAUGGCUCAGGGGUGUCAAUAGUCAGUUCCCUGGUGGCUGUCAAUGCCCCCCACCCCCCUAUUUUUAGUGGGGUGGAUAGCAUCGUUAACACCUGAAGGCCUUUUGUGUGACUUGAACUCAGUCGUUGGCUUGAUUUGAUUUCUGACUGCCAUGAAAAAGUUGUGUCUGACAAGUUGUUUUAAGGUGUCUACCAGUUUUCAGACAGAUUGUUAUUGACACAUUUUGUAUUAUCUCUUCCAGGGAUAUUGAAUAUUCAAUCUUAAGAAUGAACAUGUCUCAAGAGGAAGAUUCUUGUGUAAACAGCGUAGCUUGAAGGCGAUAUAUUGCAAAAAUUAGAUUUAAAUCUCUUUCCCAUAUGCAACCACUGCCAGAAUAUUUUAAACAUUUAAAACAAUUCCAUAACAUAUCAUUUCCUUUUUUUCCAUUUGACACAUGUUUAGGCCCGAACCCUGCUGUCACCCUUCCUCACACAAAACCGAAGGUCUGCCUGACUUGAACACAUCAAACACAAUGUGGCAUCUCAAGUAUGCUGAGGGAAGGAGGGCAUGAACACAGAGAAAGUUGUUCUAUGAUCUAACCUUCACAAACUGAAAGGCAAUGCUUUUCCAGCCCGCUUAAACUUGGAUGUGUAAAAUGCCAAGAGAUCAUACAUUUAAACAAGGCUUGCCUCCAAUACACAGAUAUCACUUGGGCACACCUAGGUCUAUUUCCUGAGUAGGGUUAUCCAUGAUCCAAACAGCUGCACUGUGGGGGGUUCGUUACUGUAAAACCAUUGAUUAGAGGGUGAUAAUGGUCCCCCAUAUAGGUUUGAAGGAUUUCGCCUAAGUCAAAACUGUCAUUCUAUCAGCAUUUGCUUAAGCAGCGGUCUGUUUUUGGUCAAGCUUAUAUUCAGCUGCACUCUUUAGUGUGCCUCCUUCAACCACAAUAGUGAAGUUGGUAGAAUAUCUUGUCAUCCAUAAAUGUGGAGAAAAAAAUGUAAUGUUAAGCAAGAAAAAAAAAUCAUUAUUUACAAUGUGGCUAUGGUCCAAAUUAUACUAUAUGUUCUGUGAUACUAAUGUACCUUUUCGGUUUUUACUUUCUUCCUCUAAAAAUGGGUUUUACAUCACACAUUAUAUACAGUUUAGCUACCCUUUAAGAUUGUUUUAUGUAUUUUUCUGCAUUCCAGGACUGAGGGGGAAAAGGUUUGAUUCUUUGAUUCUGGUUCUUUCAUAUUAUAAAUUAAAAUUACUAAUCUUGCAUUCCUCCCGCUAUGUUCUUCUGUAAAUAGACCAGACUGAAAAUCUUCAUCUUUUACAAUGCUGUAGAUCUAUUUAUACUAUUUCAAGGUUGUUCAAAUGUAUAAUAGAGAGAUGUAACAUUCAAUAAAAUGCACACAAUACUUUCUCAAAAAGUU